AUGCCUGCUUCCAUUGGCUCUCUUUUAAGAGAGAUCUUUCAUCAGAGAUACACUGAAAUUACUGAGCAGAAACUAUCUCGAUACAGAUUUAGACUGACUUCUUCCCAAAGAUUGCAGUUUUAUAGUGGAAUCUCUCUAUUGGCGCUUUCUGGUUUUAUAUUAGUUUAUGCAUUCUCAAGUUCUGUUUCUCAGGUCAUAAUUGAUUAUACACACUGCACUGGAAAGACCUGCGAAUAUUCAUUUUUCUUAGAUAAGCAAAAACACAAUACACAUAUAUACGGAUCAGUGAAAGGUGCUGCACAGACUCACAUGAAAUAUACCCGGGACGACUCUCUUAAUAAACCCUCGCCAGAUAACAUAAAUGAAGUAGACUGUUCUCCGUAUAUGCAGGAUGGCAAAUGGGUAUAUCCUUGCGGAAUUACUCUAUCUACACUUCCAACAGACUCAUAUAAGCUUCUAGACGAGAAUAAGAAUGAAGUAUUGCUAAACACGAGCAUGAGCGAACGAAUAAGUAGUUGGAGCAGGCCUUCUUCUUUUCUGUCCGCAUAUUAUAAAAUAGGAAGCGUCCCUACUCUCUUACCCGGUAAAUAUCAAUUAAUAAUUAAUAAGCAGCUUAUACACCCACUCAAUGUGCGAAAAGUUAUCAUAAUAAGCAACAUUGGAAUAUUUGGAAACCUUUUUUAUAAUUCACAAAUAUAUAUUCUAUCAACUGUCGUAAUGCUUGCCAUCAUAAAUGCCGCAGCAUGCAUGUAUUAUGCUUAA